CUGGAUUGGCAGCGAGCACCGGAAGCGCUAGGGCGCCGGAAGCGCCGGCCGAGGGUUGUGCUGCGCGAGACGCGCUGACGGAUCCCGUUCGCGCGGUCUCCCAGGGACUGUAGGCGCUAGGCAGCCAUCAACAGCCGUGAUGGAGCGGGGCCCGGGCGAACGCAGCGCCAGCGCCCUUUUCGCCGGGUUCCGGGCCUUGGGGCUCUUCAGCAGCGACAUUCCCCACGCGGUGCGGUUCAGUGCGCUGAAGCGUCGGUUCUACGUGACCACGUGCGUGGGCAAGAGCUUCCACACCUACGACGUUCAGAAACUUAGUCUGGUGGCAGUAAGUAACUCUCUCCCACAGGACAUCUGCUGUAUGGCAGCUGAUGGGAGGUUAGUCUUUGCUGCUUAUGGGAAUGUUUUCUCUGCAUUCGCCCGUAAUAAAGAGGUAGUGCAUACCUUUAAGGGUCAUAAGGCAGAAAUCCAUCUUUUGCAACCCUUUGGGGACCACGUUAUCUCUGUUGAUACUGACAGCGUUCUUAUUAUUUGGCACAUAUAUUCAGAAGAAGAAUACCUGCAAUUGUCUUUCGAUAAAUCAGUAUUUAAAAUUUCUGCAAUUUUGCACCCAAGUACCUACUUGAAUAAAAUACUUCUUGGCAGUGAACAAGGAAGCCUCCAGUUAUGGAAUGUAAAAUCCAAUAAACUUCUAUAUACAUUUGCGGGAUGGAAAGUUGGAGUGACAGCGCUUCAGCAGGCACCAGCUGUGGAUGUUGUGGCUGUUGGUCUCAUGUCGGGUCAGGUUAUCAUUCACAACAUUAAAUUUGAUGAAACGUUAAUGAAGUUUCGUCAAGACUGGGGACCUAUUACUUCGAUUUCAUUUCGCACAGAUGGUCACCCAGUAAUGGCAGCUGGAAGCCCAUGUGGCCAUAUUGGACUCUGGGAUCUAGAAGACAAAAAGUUAAUCAAUCAAAUGAGAAAUGCACAUUCUACAGCGAUUGCCGGACUGACAUUUCUCCACAGAGAGCCGCUUCUGGUCACAAACGGUGCUGACAACGCUCUCAGGAUAUGGAUAUUUGAUGGUCCCGCAGGUGAAGGCCGGCUUCUGAGAUUCAGAAUGGGACAUAGUGCUCCUCUUACCAAAAUAAGAUACUAUGGACAAAAUGGACAACAAAUUCUUAGUGCAAGUCAGGAUGGAACACUUCAGUCAUUUUCCACGGUACACGAAAAAUUUAACAAGAGCUUGGGACAUGGAUUAAUAAAUAAAAAGAGAGUCAAACGUAAAGGACUUCAGAACACCAUGUCCGUGAGACUCCCACCCGUCACAGAAUUCGCAGCUGAGGAAGCUCGUGAAAGUGACUGGGAUGGUAUCGUUGCUUGCCAUCAGGGUAAGCUCUCCUGCUCCACCUGGAACUACCAGAGAUCUACCAUAGGCGCUCACUUUCUCAGGCCAGCAGGGCUGAAGACAGACAGCACAACUGCGACAGCAGUAGAUAUAACUUCCUGUGGAAACUUUGCUGUGAUUGGUCUCUCAUCGGGAGCUGUUGAUGUGUAUAACAUGCAGUCUGGUAUACACCGGGGGAGUUUCGGCAGGGAUCAAGCCCAUAAAGGAUCUGUUAGAGGUGUUGCAGUGGAUGGAUUAAACCAGUUGACAAUUACAGCUGGUAGUGAAGGAGUACUCAGGUUCUGGAACUUUAAAAACAAAGUUUUAAUUCAUUCUAUGAGCCUCGAUUCAUCUCCAAAUUUGAUGCUGCUACAUAGAGACAGUGGCAUUCUGGGACUUGCCUUGGACGACUUCUCCAUUAGUGUUUUGGACAUAGAAACUAGGAAGAUUGUCAGAGAGUUUUCUGGACACCAAGGCCAAAUAAAUGACAUGACUUUCAGCCCUGAUGGUCGUUGGUUAAUAAGUGCUUCAAUGGAUUGCUCUAUUAGAACUUGGGACCUUCCGUCUGGGUGUCUUAUAGACAGCUUCUUGUUGGACUCGGCUCCUCUUAAUGUCACUAUGUCCCCAACUGGAGACUUUCUGGCCACCUCCCAUGUCGACCACCUUGGAGUUUAUCUGUGGUCCAAUAUUUCCCUGUAUUCAGUUGUUUCAUUACGGCCACUUCCCACAGAUUAUGUUCCUUCAGUAGUGAUGCUUCCUGGUACUUGUCAAACCCAAGAUGUAGAAUUAUCAGAAGAAACUGUAGAACCAAGUGAGGAAAUGAUAGAGUAUGACUCCCCAGAACAGUUGAAUGAGCAGUUGGUAACUCUGUCACUCCUUCCUGAAUCCCGGUGGAAAAACCUUCUUAAUCUUGAUGUUAUUAAGAAAAAGAAUAAACCAAAGGAACCACCCAAAGUACCCAAAUCAGCACCAUUUUUUAUUCCAACUAUUCCUGGUCUUGUACCCAGAUACGCUGCACCUGAACGGAACAAUGACCCUCAGCAGUCUAAAGUGGUAAAUCUUGGAAUUUUGGCUCAAAAAUCAGAUUUCUGCUUGAAACUUGAGGAAGGACUGGUAAAUAAUAAAUAUGAGGCUGCUGUUAACCUUCUGAAAGAAUUAGGCCCGUCAGGAAUUGAAACGGAGCUUCGCAGUUUGUCUCCUGAUUGUGGUGGUUCAGUAGUCGUUAUGAAGAGCUUCUUGAGGAUGAUUGGGGUAAUGUUGGACAGAAAGCGGGAUUUUGAGUUGGCCCACGCAUACCUUGCCCUGUUUCUGAAGUUGCACCUGAAGACGCUCCCCUCAGAGCCAGCGCUCCUGGAAGAGGUGACAAAGCUGUCGCCACACUUGGAAGAAAGCUGGAGCCAUUUACAGUCACUCUUUAAUCAAAGCCUGUGUGUUCUAAAUUAUAUUAAAAGUGCUUUGUUAUAAAAAUAAAGUUAGUAGCUAAAUCAAAGACUUCUAUAUUAAAGAGGUUGAAUUUAACUCAUACCCUUGUUUUCCAAAUUUCAGUGUGAAAGGAAAAUAAAUGCCGGCACUACUGACUAGUCAGUCACUGUGACUCCACUUUAAAUGCUGAGUACUUCCUUGAAAUAAAAUUAUACCCAUCUUUUGUUUUAAAGAUGUAAGAGUCUUCUCAAAUGAUACAUUUUCUGAGUUUCUUCAUCAGUUACUUGGAUAUGACUUCUUUUGAAUUGUCAUCACCAAGCUUGUGUUUUUUGAAUGUUUGUAACAUACUGAGGUAUGCUGGGUCUCUCAUGUAAAGUAUUACCAAGUUAAACUGAAGUUAAAAGUGAUAUAUAGUUUAAAAAGUGCCUUCAUGUUAUGAGGUAAAAAGACAUGUGUCUUUCCUUGGUGGCCUUUGAUGAAAACAUAGUUAUAACACUGGCCUAGUCCUCUCUCCUUUGUACCCUCUCUCCAUUGUACUACACUGUACAUUGUAGAAUGUCCUCUCUCCAUUGUACAUUCUAAAGGAACUUAUUUUUUUUUAAUACGAGAGGUGCUUUCACAAGGCAACUUGCUAUAGGAGGCAGUUGAACCAGAUACCUGGAAUGGGUGAAGGAAAUUCCAAAUUCCAUUGAAGAUAGCCUUCAAAGGUCUUUCUUCCCCACGGAUGACCUUUUUAUUUGGAAAGAAACUGCUGAGUACAUUUUUGUAUCAUAACCAUUAUGAAACCAGGCACUCUGGCACUUUUCCCUUUUUUCAUCAUUGUUGUUUCUGGGGUUCAAGACUUCAGCAAUAAGUGAAUUAAUAAAGUUCAAACUUUUUAUAGUCAAAAGUAGUGUCAUUCAUAAAAUUCAGCUGGUUGUAUCUGAAUGCCAGUACCAUUCUAAUUAGGAUAUAGUUUUACAGAAUAAUCUCCAAAGGAAUAGUCUUCACGAGAAGCUGAUCAAUGAUAACUUUAAUUAUCAAAGUUUUUUGUUUAAUGGUGACGUGUUUUUGUUAAAGGUAGAAUUAUUAAUAGUAAACUGCUAAAGAAAGAAGCCAGUAUUGUUUUGUACUUCGUUCUUUUAGAAAUGUAUAUAAACUUAAUAAAGCCAUUGACUUAAAUGUUAGUAAUGACUUAAGUUCUAACUUUAAAAACUGUUAUUUCCCCUUGCCCCAAAUACUAUAUUCUAAAGAUAUGGCAAAAUUUCAGUGUACAGUUAUGUACAAUGUGAAGAUUGUACAGCUCUCCUGCAUUGCAGGCGGAUUCUUUAUUGUCUGAGCUACCAGGGAAGCCCAAGAAAACUGGAGUGGGUAGCCUAUCCCUCCUCCAGGGGAUCUUCCUGACCCAGGGAUUGAACUGGGAUCUCCUGCAUUGCAGGCAAACUCUUUACCAGCUGAGCUACCAGGGAAGCCCUAAUUAUCACAAGUUCUAACUUUAAAAACUGUUUCCCCUUGCCCCAAAUACUAUAUUCUAAAGAUAUGGCAAAUUUCAGUAUACAGUGAUGUACAAUGUGAAGAUAAUAAGAGUUCUAAACUGAAAUUGUAUUACUAUAACAAAUCUUGAACUUUCUUUUUCAAAUGAAAAUACAGGAGUUCAGUAUAUUGUUUUUAUUAGAGAUAGCUUUAGAUAGUAGUAAAGCAUCAUUUUGGCAGGUAACCUUCCAGAAUUUUUCCUGUAUGUUCACCAUCAAAGGAAAAUUUUUUGUGUAUAUUUUUUCUUAAAAUGUUAACAGUUUGUGAUGCUGCUUUUUCUUUACCUUUUAAAUUGCAAAUGUACUAUGUGACUGCAUUUAAAACAUCAGUCUACUUUUGAUUAACAGUCCCAAUACCUUCCCUAGAAGUAACAAUUGUUAACUUUCCAUUUAGUCACUUCCAUGUUUUCUGUGAAUGUAUAUAUAUGUAAUCGCUACAAGAAAUGUAUAGCUUCAGUUUUUACAUAGAUAUAUGUAUAUCAUUCUGCAACUUUUCUCCGUGGUCUCUUUGAAUAUAAUCUCACCUGUUGAUUUUUGUAUAGUGUUCCACAACCUACUUAGCCUAUAAUGGACACUAGGGUAGUUUACUGCUUUUUUUUCUAUUUUCAAACAGUGCUAAAAGAGUAUCAUCCUGUAUGAUUGUAUGGGCAUAAGGAUUUAUUGUAUGCUUAAGCUUUGACUUGCUGAGCCAGAGUUCGGCAGUUUUAAAGAGAUACUUCAUUGAUUAAAUUUUUUAAAUUUAUAGGUGAAAAAUUGUCAUUUUUAUUGUUUAUGUUUAGGAAAAACCUUUACUAGUAGGUAAAGGUAAAGAUGGACAUCUUUUCAUAUAUUGAUGGACAUCUUUUCAUAUAUUUGCUUUAGACAUGUGAAUUGCCUUUUGCCAGCACUGCUCAUUUUUCUGUGAAUGAUUUGUCUUUUUAUCUCAUGAAUUAGUUAGGAGUUUUUCAUGUAGUUUGGAUAUAGAUAGUAGUCUUUUACAUCUGUUUCAGUGUUUUUUCCCAGUUGGUCGCUUGUCUUUAGUUUUACUUUUGGUAUUUUUAAACAGAUGUUUUAUAUUUAUAUAUAGUUAAAUUGAUAAAUAUUUUUAGGACUUUUAUUUCAAAAUAUAGAUAGAGCGUGUUCUGUAUUUUUUUCUAAGUUAAUUAUGUAUGCAUCUAGAUCUCCAUUUUAUUCAAAAGUCCAAAAACUAUUUGUUGAAAUCCAUUCUUCCUGAUUUGGGGUGGUGUUUUAUUAUGUGUUAAAUUCUCUAAUUAAGGCAUUUAAUUUUCCUAAUAAAUAAUGCAUUGUUUACA